CUACUGUUGAAAGGCGUCCGUAAACCGCCGGCCAUCGGUGAAUGGGAUCCAUAUGGGCCGAUGGGGGCGAGGUGCCUUGGCCUGGAUGUCCGGCAGUGGCGCUGCGUGGCUGGGGUCGAUGCCAGGCUGCUGCUCGUGGCUGGGGUCCGGCAGUGGCGCGGCGUGGCUGGGGAGGAUGCCGGGCUGCUGCUCAUGGCUAGAGUCGAUGCCAUGCUGCCGCUGCUCUAGAUAGAGGGUGGCCUUGCUGGAUGGACCCAGGAGGGUGGCCUUGCUGGAUAGACCUUGGGAUAGACCCAGGAAGGGGCUGAGGGAAUAUGGCCCGUGUGACACAAUGGCACCGUCUGCGUCGCCACUCUCGGUGAGAUCAGCAUGUGCCCGCGCCUCGAGCGUUUGAAAAUGAGCCGAGGUACAGUCAACAUUGCAAAGGACCACAAGGAGGACACAUCUCCAACGCCAUAUCAUCAU